AUGUCACCAGAACAAGUUCAGCAAUUUCUCCAAACAGUGGAAACUUCUCUUGGCACGGACAUUCUCCCUCAAGUGUCACUGCUUUCAGGCGGCACUGACAGUGACAAUGACGAAUCCGUUAUCUUAUUGGUGGGUGUCAGUGGUGGUUGCGAUUCCAUGGCACUGUUACAUGCCUUGCUCGAUAUUUCCACAACAGCAGUAAACCCAACUCCUCCUCAAGACAGCAAUAACCGAAUGGCGGGUGCUCGCAGAUGCUUCCACAACUUGAAUCAAGACUUUGAGUUGCAUGUCGUACAUUUUGAUCACUGCCAAAGAGGCCUCGAAAGUCAACUGGAUUGUCAACUUGUGCAAGAUACUUGCAAGGAGCGUGGGGUGCCGUGUCACGUUUAUACCUGGGAUGAUGAUAAUGAUGAUGGAACCGAAAACAACAAGACAUUUUCCCAAGACAGCGCUCGAAAAUGGCGACAAUCUACAAUGGCACAGCUGCUCCAAACAUUAACGUCAACCACCAUUGCUUCUUCUUUGAUGGAUGAUGGCGUCGCUGACGAUAGCUCAUCACAACGACGACGACCCGGUGUCAUUCUCACAGCACACCAUGCCGAUGACUCGCAGGAAACAAUAUUGCUCAAACUCCUUCGAGGUGUCCAUAUCCAGAAUCUGUCAGGAAUGGCUCCCCUGCAGCAAAUACAGCAAGAUGGGACAACACUGUUGGGACGUCCCUUACUGGAGCUUACAAAGAAUCAAAUUCAAGGAUAUCUACAUUCACAAGGGUAUGUUUGGAGAGAAGAUGCCAGCAAUCAGUCCAACAAGUACCUCCGCAAUCGAGUGAGAAAUCAGCUCAUUCCUCUGCUGGAAGAUUUGGUGGGCAGUCAAGACGUGUUGACGAAACGACUACGAAAUCUGGAAGAGCAGUGCCAGCAUCUACAGACUGACCUCUCCAGUAGGGCCGAUGAAGUAAUGAAACGUCACGUUGAUGCGAGGGGGCAUUUUCUUCUCCCUCAGAACAAAGAACUACUUUCAGACUUGGUAAUGCGCCAAGCAAUGUAUUCGUGGAUCAGCAGUUCCGCUAACAAUCAGCAGUUCUCCUAUGACGUAUGGAAAAAUGUAGAGUUACAGCUUGAAGAUUAUCCCAACAAUCGACAAUGGACACUGCCUCUGGGGGAUGGAUGGCAUGUUACUAGACUUGGGGACUCCCUGCAAGUUGUGUCACAACUAGUGUCAGAAGAUGUCGAAACAGAAAACACGGCAGAGAUUCGAGGGGAACCUUUGCGGUGGUCCUGCAUUGACAGCCAGGGCACACAACCAGAUGGUGGUGACUCGGAAAUCAGACUCCACACAGCACUCACUAUCACAGACCACAGUAGCUUGCGUUUUGUCAAGACAACAGUGGCUUGUAGUAGUGGAGUCAAGUGGAUGUUCACACCUCCUUGGAGAAAAGGACGAUCACCUUUGAAACUCAAGAAUUUUUUACGAGGUCAAAAGGUUCCACUUCACUUGCGAGAUUUGGUUCCCAUUGUCUACGGCAACCACGAAGGAGAACUAGAUCCUCCCUCACUGGUAGCUGUCUUUGUCAAUGGUGAGUGGAUUGUUGAUGCAGCUUGGGAUCCAUCAUUCGUUGGGACCGCGAAGGACUCGAACAUCAUCGUGCUGCGCCUGACCAAAGAUGACACCUAG